GUGAGCCUGAUUAUUUCAUCCCUGAACUUGUUCCUGAACACUCUGAUCGGCAUUUGGCUGCUCAAGGACGAUGCCCUCAUUGGGCGCACCUACAACUUCCUUGGCAGGACGUGCUGCGGCCCCUGCACUGAGCAGUGCCAGGGCGGGCUCACCUGUCUCAUGCCCUUCAUCCUCUGCAACCUUUUGACGGUGACUCUCUCGCUGAUUCUGAACAACGACAUCGGGAUGAUGAUCGCACUCUUCAAGAACAUGCAGAACGCGGUGACCUUUUACGACGCCUUUGUGUAUCUCCUCUGGCUGGUGUCCGCUCUGGGCGCCAUCCUGGCGCAAGUCCUCGGCUCCAUCUACGGGUACCUGGCAUACCGGGAGAUCCGCGACUCGGGGGUCACCAGCAGCGGCGGCGACUGGGGCGGCGGCUACCCUCAGGCCCGUGAGGAGGCGCGGGAGGCGAGGCCAGCGGCGCCGGCCAGCAACUUCCAGGCCUUCGCCGGCAGUGGGCAGCGCCUGGGAAGCUGA